UGAGGCAAUCCGCAAUCGUCGUCUGCAAAAGAUGGAGAGAUGUGAAAUCAAAGAGCUCUACAGGUGGCUUCAAGAUGAAGAGUGUGUCUGUUACCUGAUUGAGGAAAGAAGAGAAAUUCUCAGAAAACUUUCUUCUUUUGCCCUCUGGGUUGAUGGACUCUCUAAGGAUGUGAAGACGGAUCCUUCAAGAUGGACUCCAAAAGAAGUUAGGGAGGAAGCCACUGGGGAUGAAAUCAACAGAUCUGAAGAUGAUCAGGACAAACAGGAUGUUGCUUCUUCUCACUUAUUGGACAAAUCGCACACAAGAUGCUUUCCAGACAUGCCAGAGGGAGGGAUGGCAGUUGAUCAAACAGCAAGGCCAGCUUCUCAAAGUAGCGGACCAUCAACCUGUAUCAUUAGUCAUCAUACACAAAGUGAAGAACUAGUAGGAAAGUCUCCCAUAUUCUUGGAAAGAAAACAGGUGUCGUCAUCGUUUUCUUCAUCAUCUCGAGACAGACUGCUCCUCUGUCUUACAGUUUGCAAGGAGUUGUUUGAGGCAGAUGCUUCUUGUGAGGGGGUGUAUACCCUUCAGCAAGAGAUGAUCAGCAGAGGUUUACUGGAUGAUGUGGGGUUACUGAUGAAGUCUGAGGAUAGACUUGUUGCUUUUAUGGCAUUUAAGAUGCUGACAGCUGUUCUUCCGGCGUCUAAAAAGGAGAUGGUCACUGCUGUUUUGAAGGGGCAUCUUCUCCAAUGCCUUGCGACCAUCAAUGCUUGUAACCAAAGUUUCUUCCUGGUCGAACAAGAUAAUCCAGAUGAUUCAAACAAAAUAAACCCACCUAAGGAGGUCAAUCAGUGUCAGAAUAAUCAAGGUCAGGUUGAGGCAUGCCAGGGUAAUCCGAGUCAAGUUAACCCAAUUCAAGUUGACCUGGGUCAACAAAAUAACCCUACCCAUAGUGACUCGUUACUAAAUAUGAGUUGGGGCCAUGACACUCCAAUCCAGGUCAAUCCAGGUCACAUCAACCAUGCAAUCUUCACCUUUGACCUUGUAAGGUUUCUCCUCAUCAAAAGGUCUUCCAUGGACAGCCCUCAUCUGAAAGUUUUCAGCAGUAGCCAAAGAUGCAAAAGAAGAGUGACACCUACGGCAGGUGAUGAACAAGGUUUCCAGGCAGAAGUGUUACAUAUCCUCUACACGCUUCUUCCAGACAUCGUCCAAUCAUUUCUACCCGCAGUCACAGCGAGAGACCAAGGUUUAUCGACUGCUGUUAUCAGCUCCAAUAAAACAACUUCACUGAUUCUGGCCUCAUUUCUUGAUCUAACUCAUUCACUGUUCAAAGGCGGACCAGGCGGACCUGGUGAACCACAGUGGCAUAACUUCACCUUCAAGAUACUCCCACUUCUAAUGAACCUCCUCAAGAAGUAUAACAAUGAUCUCAUUGUCUUGAAGAAACUGCUGGAUAUUCUCACAGUAAGCAUGAACCAAUCAGCUGAAGGAAAAACACAAUCGGUCCAAUCACAGCCGAGCAAAAACCAUCUCGACACGGCACCUGGUGAACAUUUAGUCACCAUAGCAAUAUCAUUUGUUGAUAUGAUUGUUGAAGACAGCAUUUUAGAUGACAUUCCAUACAGGAGUGGACCAGUUGGUUUUGGAGGUGGGGAUUUUCAUUCCUCAUCAGGUGAUGAUGCUGUAGAAGGUACAGAGUGUGGGGACCGGACGUUGUUAAGGAAACUCUGCAGAGUGACACUAUCCUCCUUGAAGAUUCUUGUAGCACACAAGUGUGAACACUCGGAGAUGAUCCUGAAUGAAUCAGAUGUCAGUAAGUGCUUCCAGACUUUAUCGAUGUACAUCUGCGGCAAGCUGAACCUUUCCCUGAUAUCCAAGCCUCCAAUUUGGAUCUUCAAGCUCUUUGCUGACCAGGAUGACUGCCUCAUUUGGGUCAUGCUCUGUGUAUUAAACAUUGAUCGGUCCCUCCAUGUCCUCGAACCUCUGUGCUCUCUCUUAAAGGAUCAACUCAACCCUCAUAAGAUCUUCAUUGGUUUCUUGGAGACGGUGGCGUAUGAUCCCAGUGUGCUGUUGGAUCUGCUCAUAUCAUCCGAGACGCCGUUUCUAGAGUAUUCAGUGCAGUAUCUCCACACGGUCAUCAGAGACUGGGAGGUGUUUUGCCAGUCCCAUCUAGAGGUCGGAUCAGUGGGUUCGGGAUUACAUCUACACUCGGAGCAAGUCAACUUGAAUGAAAAUGAUAAUGAUGUAAGUGGUGAUGAAUCAGUUACAGAUAACUUGAUGGUUUGCACAAGCCAGGUUUCAGACAUGACAGAGGGAAAUGAUAAUAGCGGACAUGGAAGCCGCAUAGAUACUGAACUGAAAGGUUCACCGCAACCUAAACGGAUGAAAACAGAUAUCCAAAGAACAGUCACUUACGUAGAACAAAGUCCUCAUGACACAGACAGUAAAGCCUUGACUAUGGUGGAUAAGUCUCCAGAUAACAGUUCAACAUCUCCUACCGACUCAAACAUAAGCCAACCAAAUGAAUCCAGGGAUCCAAUUGAAGAUCAAAUCUCAUUGGAUGUCUCUAAUCGUGGGAUCAAAGUCUCAAAUCAAGAACUUCAAGGAGCGUCUUCACAAUCUCUUGAAGAUGUGAUGACCACGCUAAUCAGAUUACGCUUCUUGAUCGAGAGGAUUAGUGGCCGGGAUUUAUUCCCGUACCCCAUCACGCCAUUGUUGCGACUACUGGAGCGGGUUGAGGACAUGUAUGACGAUAUGGGUUCUACCUCGCCGAGUGCAGACCAUGUGGGAGGUUGCACUGGCCAAGCCUCCAAGCCGUAAUACGGCUCAAUAGAAACCCCCUCAAACUUCACUUCUGUAAAGCUUGUUAAGAUUAAGCCUGGUCCAUACUUCCUGCAAAUGCAAAUGCAAUACAAGCUUUGAUGUCACAGCCCCGUUUUCGCUGCAAUUACUUCGCAGGUGUUGAGCACAUUUCAACUGAUGCAAAUUAUUUGUUUCGAAUUUGUGAUGUCAAAAUUCGCUUCGCAUUCGCAGGAAGUAUGAACCAGGUUUUAGUCAGAAAUACAAUCCUCUUUUUGCA